GCAGAUAGCAAGUGAAUAAUAUAUUGUAGUUUUUUCAUAUCUUUCCGAAUACAUUUGCACUAUGGGAUUGUUUAUAAUUGGACUUUUGAUCUUUUCUACUGUAUCCUGCAAUUCAUGGGUUGGAAAUGGCCAAAUCUUUGACGUGCUUAAAUAUGGUGCCAAAGGAGAUGGCCACUCUGAUGAUUCUAAAGCUUUUGUGGAAGCAUGGAAUGCUUUAUGUGGAACAAGUCAUGGCAAUGCAACGCUUAUGGUGCCAGCUGGGCAUUCGUUUUUUGUGCAACAAACAACAUUCAAAGGUUCCUGCAAAUCCCAGAAUGUUGAUAUUGAGAUUCAGGGCACCCUACUUGCACCUAAGAGAGAUGCAUGGGGAACAUGUUCAAGACGGUGGCUUCAUUUCCUUAACGUUCGUGGUUUGACAGUUCAUGGAUCAGGAGUAAUCAAUGGUCAGGGUCAAGAUUGGUGGGGCAAUCUGACUGGAACUACAGGAUGCAAGGGAAUACCCACGGCUCUUCUUUUUGAAAACUGUGAUGGUCUUCAAAUAAGAGGACUCACUCACAUCAACGGGCCAGCAUCGCACGUCUAUGUGGUCCAUAGCAAAGACGUAACCAUCUCAAAUGUUAACAUAUACUCGCCAGUUGGAAUAAGUCACAACACCGAUGGAAUUGAUCUUACAAAUACAGUUCAUGUUAACAUUCUUGACUCCAUAAUAAGAACAGGUGACGACUGCAUUGCUAUUAAAGGUGGCUCACAAUUCAUCAACGUUAACAAUGUCACAUGUGGACCGGGUCACGGCAUUAGUGUGGGGAGUCUAGGGGAAGGUGGGGAAACAGAAUUUGUAGAACAUGUGAACGUCAGCAAUUGCAUAUUCGAUGGAGCUGAUAGUGCAGCUAGAAUCAAGACAUGGCCAGGUGGAAAAGGAUACGCAAGGGAUAUCACCUUCCAGAAUAUCAGCGUCAAUCGAACAAAUUACCCAAUAUAUAUAACCCAACAUUACAUGCGCACUCCAGAAAAGAAGGACGCAUUAAAAGUGAGUGAUGUCACAUUUAGCAAUAUCUAUGGAACAUGUAUCAGUGAGAAUGCAGUUGUGCUGGAUUGUGCCAAGAUCGGGUGUGACAAUAUUACCCUGAAACAAAUCAACAUUACCUCAAUCGAUCCAAAGAAGCCAGCUGCUGCAACAUGCAGCAAUGUUCAUGGGAAAACCACUGAUAUUGUUUCACCACGAGUCCCUUGUCUACAUUAA